UUUUCAACGUGUCGCAGAGCACUUCAUCCGCACCUCCAGCCUAAAGCAGCCGAGGCUUAUCAGCCCCUGCUGAUGUCACACGCGAAGAACCUGGUCCUCGAGAUUCUUGAUGAUCCACACAACUUCCAGAACCACGUGAUAACUUUUUCUUCGAUGACAAUGAUGAAAGUCGCAUAUGGUACUACUACGCCCACUUCUGCGACCGAUCCCCUAGUCAAGGAAAUGUACCAACUCAUGAAGGUGGUCAGUAAACUCCUGCUCCCUGAUGCCCACUACCUGGUGGACUCGAUCCCAUGGCUCAAACACAUUCAUUGGUAUGGCCGAGAAUUGAAAUGGGGGUUUGAGAGGAGCAAGCGGCUCCACACUGGUCAACUGAAUCGAGUAAAAGACGAUGUGGACAUUGGUCCUUCGUUUACGAGAUUUAUGUUAGAGAACAGCGACCACUAUGGUUUAAUGGAGGUCGAGAUAACUUUUCUCAGUGCCGCCUUCUUUGGAGCUGGCUCUGAUACGGUGAGGUGUUUUCGUUGUGUCCGAAGAUAA